CCCAUUCCCCCCUCCAUGACCCUCCCCGUCCCCUCCCCCCCCCAGGUGACGAGCAACGGCAGCGCGGGGGGAGGGGACGGGGCCGAGACGCAGCGACAGCACCAACAACCCCCCCCCAACGCCUGGCAGGUCAUCAAGGGGGUCCUGUUCAGGAUUUUCAUCAUCUGGGCCAUCAGCUCCUGGUUCCGGAGGGCGCCGGCGCCGCAGGAGCCCAACAGCCCCGGGGGGGCCCCCCGGGCUCCCAGCAGGAACCUCUUCCCCAAGGACACCCUGAUGAGGGCGGAGGAUUUCGGCCCCGUGGAGGUGAUCUCCCACUGGCACCCCAACCUCACCAUCAACAUGGUGGACGACCACACCCCCUGGGUGAAGGGCAGCGUCCCCCCGCCCCUGGACCAGU